AUGGAGCAGGCUAAAAAUAUAAUAUGUUAGAAGGCUACAACCAGGUCUUAUAUACAUUGUUCUACAGAUACCAAAUGUCAAGAAAGGUUGGAAUAGUGGAGGAGGUAAUGACAGAACUUCAACAAGAUGUAGCACAGCACAGAAAUAACCAAGACUCUAAGGAACUUGAGAUGGUAUGGGAGACGCCACCUCAGCCAGAUGGUACUGAAACUAUUGGUAAUAUACCAGCUGUACAUUUACAGGAGACGGACCCAGAACCUGAAGAAUGCAGAGAGAAUGAGAGGAUGUUGCAACGGACUCCCAGUUUUGGGAAAACUGUCAAAUUUCUGUUGCCCCCCAUUACCAUUGAUGACAAUGCACCCCAAGAGGAGGAGAUGCUCUUUUUUCAAACAGUUCAAGAGGUUAUGGGAUCAAAAGGCUAUACUUUUAGGCAUCUAUUUACCACAGAUCAGUGGAUCGAUAUCACAGAAGACAAGCUGCUAAGAAAGAAAAUCCUGAAAAGAGGACUUGGUGAGGCUACUAAAGCUCUUCCUGGUCAAGAGGUUACUGUAUACCUCAUAGGGAUCUUGGAAGAUGGAAGUCUAGUGGAGAAAGACCCAAAGUUGUCCUUUGUUCUGGAUGAAGGAGACGUCAUACAGGCCUUGGAACUGGGUGUUCGAUCAAUGCAGCUCGGAGAAGCAGCCCUUCUGUUAACUAAUGGUCUUUACGCCUUUGGUCUUCUGGGAAGGGAUCCCGACAUCCCCUCAGAUGCCUCUUUAUUGUAUAAAGUGACUUUACUCAAAGUCAGAGACAAGCCCAGCCUGGGAGUCCUCUCCGCAGCUGACCGCAUAAGCCUUGGAAACCAGAAGAGGGAAUGUGGAAACUUCCACUUUGAACGUGAAGAAUAUCGAAGUGCCAUGCACUCUUACAGUCAGGCCCUCAGCAUCCUCACCCCUAACAGUACAGACCUGCUGAGCUCAGAAGAGGAAGAGGAGAUUCGUGAGCAUCGAAUCAAAUGUCUGAAUAACCUAGCAGCUACCCAGCUGAAGCUUCAUCACUUUGAUGACGUCAUUAACUCCUGCAACGCUGUCCUGGAAAUGGAUGUGAACAAUGCAAAGGCACUUUACAGGAAAGGGAAGGUAUUGUCAGAGAGAGGAGAGUAUGAAGAAGCAAUGGUGAUCCUAAAACAAGCCCUUAAAUUGGAGCCAACAACAAAGGCUAUUCAUGCAGAACUAUCCAAGAUAGUAAGAAGACAAAAGGGACAGCCUGAAAUCGCCAAAUCCUCAGUGAGACCUAAACCUAAAGCUCAUCUAAAGCUUAGAGAGGACUUAAAUCCGCUUAUUCGUCACAACAUAAAGCAGGGGGCUACUAACCGGAUGCUGGUGUUUGGGGCGAUGGCAGCGCUUGUGCUAAGCUUGGUGACAGCUUUUAUCCUUAUGCGAGAAAACUGAACGUGGCAGGUCACUGGACAAAAACCUAAUGUAGUCUGAUCCAUCCGCGCUGCUGAGAAAACAAUUGUUGGGAAUUACUUGUCACAGUUUAUAUAUCCAAAAAUGGCCUGCCAGGGAGAGCAGUGACCGAUAAUUCUUACAUUUAUGACACUUAAGGUUCUUACAAGGAACCAAAUUAACCUAAGGCAAGGGUUAAUAUUUUUAGAAUGGAUUUCUUAUGUCAUCAGACUGCAUAUAAUAUACUUGAUUGAGUAACAUACAUAGACAUGGAGUACAACUCAUUUAAUUUAUAC